AUGGCAGAAUCUCCAAAUGAAGAAACAACAGUGGCUGAACAAGCUGCAGCAUUACAUGAGCAAAAUGCGCCAAAGACACCUGAGAAGAAAGAAAAGAAGUCAGGUAAGGAAGCCACAGAGAAAGCUACACCAAAGAAAGCCACUACACCAAAGGCAGCCACACCCAAGUCACAUGCUAAAAGUCCCAGCACAGCAGGAAAGGCCACAGGACUCAAGAGGCCAGCAGCCAGUGGUAAGGCCAAGGCAGCUGCCAAGGUAAAGCCUACUACCAAGGUUAAAAAGGUACCAAAGUCACAAGCAAAGGCAAAGUCAACACCAAAGGCAGCACCCAAAGCAGCUGGCAGCAACAAGUCAAAGCAGACAGGUGAGCAGUCAGAGCAGCAGCAGAAGAAGGAACCCCAAAAAAAGAAAGGAAAGGAAACUUUGAAGGACCAAGCAAGGAAAUGGGUUGACAAUUUAGACAAGCCAGAAGAUGAAGAGAAGGAAAAUACCACAGAGGCAAAGGCUGAAGAGAGAGACAGGCAGAAGGCACAAAAGUUUAGAAAGCGUGAGAAAGCAGGUGCUUGGCCUGCAGAAGUGAAGGAGGCCUUUGAUGCAGCUGAAAAAAGUGAAAACCCAAGAGCCAACAAAACCCAGCUCAUCAACAGCCUUUUCAGAAAAGAGGGCAACAACUUUGUGAUGGUUCUCAAAGACCCUGCCUCCAAAAGGGUUCAAAAGCUGUUGGGUGUGAAGUAUGGAAAGGAAGAGGCACAAAGUUACCCCUGGUCCAUCAUGCUCUAUGACAAGUUUGGUGGCAACCAAAGUGCACUAGAGAAAGCUUUGCAGUGUGGGGAUGUUGUUGUGACCAGCUACCAGGGAAAGGACUAUUAUAGCUACAACACUUUGAAGUCAGGCAGGAUGAAAAGUUUGGGUGAUGAAAGUGAAUUGAAUGAUGGCCAGCACACCUUGGAUGAAAGCUCUCACCAAGUCAUUUCUGACUGGUUCAAGAGUUUGAAUGUUUGUUCACUGCAGCAGCAAGUGGAGGACUCAGCAGAAGCAGCAGGAGACACAGUUCUAGUUUUGACAAAGCCAAAGACACAGGAAGUUGACUGGAACCAUGUUGAGAAGGUGUUGCAGUCAGCAAAGGCUGCUCAGGAAAAGUUGAUCAGGGAUGGCAUGAAGUUGAAGGAACAGGUGUUGGCAGCAAAGGAUCAGGACUUACUUGACACCUUCAAGGGCAGCCUCAAGGAUUUGCAGGACAAUGACAAGGAUUUGGACCACUGUUUGCUGUGGAAGGUCUGCUGGUUUGGUGUGGGGGAAUUACCUGGAGGCAAGACAUGGGAUGUCGCGAGUGGAAAGGAUUGGAUGACAACCCUGGCCAAGCAAACCCAAAAGGCCAAUGAGAAGAUUGAAGGAGUGAAAACAACUCUCAAGGAUGAACAUGACUCCACUGCACCUGCCAAAAGAAAGCGCCUUGGUCAAAGGCAAAGGCUGGCUUUGAACCCUGGUCAGCCAGAAGCCAAAACAACCAGUGAGUUGGCCAACUUCUUGGUUGAAGAGUGGGCAUGGGGCCACAUCAGCCCCCAAAUGGCACAGCAAGUGGCAAGCAAAGCUUGCUCAGACAUGCAGCAUGCUGCACCUACACCUUUGCAGAGUUUGGCAAAGUUGGGUGGUGGGUAUGCCAACAAGAUGUCAGCUGCUUUGAUAGCCAACCAAAAAAGCAAGUUGCCUCAGCCCUUUGUAGUCCAACUUCCUUACAAAAAAGGAAACCAGAUGCAGAAACUCCUCUUACCCCACGAACUUUUUGCAAGUAUCUACCAGCACUACUAUGACACCUUCCAGAAUGUCUUGGUGGGCCCCCCUGGUUACCUCCAAGAGUUUUGGAGAACCAACAAGGAACACCCUUGCAUGAGUUUGCACCCAGCACUGGCUGAGUGCUUGGGUCUUUUCUUGGGCUUCAUUACUUUCACAAGCAACUACAAAGGUAAGGCCAUUGAAAUUAGAAGCUUUGGCCCUGUGAUUUUGUCCCUGUGGGAAAAGCACUACAACAGCAGUGUCACCAUGCAGAAGAACAUCUUGGUCCUAUUGAAGUUGAACCAGAAGGUGGAUGCAAUGCUUGAGGAGCACAAGGGUGAAUUUUCUUUCCCAGACCAUGUUGCCCAAGAGUUCACAAGAGUGAUUUUCAACAUGGGCCACUUGUUAGUUUGGUGCUUCAGUGGCGAAGAUUACAUGCACCAUGUGCAACAGCUAGCUCACUCAUGCUUGGCUGGCACUGGACCUUUCCUCACAGUCAACAAAGUUGCUGAUAAGAUGAGGAUGGCUUUGCAUGUGCAGUUCACCAAAGGUGCUUACUGGCAUGAUGCCAUAAGAUGUCAAUUCAAGUUGGCAGAGAAAAGCUUGGGUGCUCCAAGAGCUGAAGUUUAA